CAAUAUUAUUUUCAAAUACAUUCGUUCAUUUCUAGAUCAUCAUGUUAAAAAAAAAUUGAUGUCAGAAGCUAAAACGUGCUUACUAAUUGGAGGAAUAGAGGGGGGAUCGACUCAGUCUACAUGUAUUAUAAUAAAUCAGAAUGGUGAAGUGUUGUCUAAAGUCAUUGGCCCUUCAACCAAUCCUUGGCUAUUUAAAAGUGACGAUGACUGGGCAAAAGUUAUUAAAGAUCUAGUGGAUAGUUGUAAAAAGUCUCUGAUUUGUUCUAGUCAAGAAUUCGAAGGUUCCCGUGUCACCUUGGAUACCCUGGGCAUAAGUAUGAGCGGUUCGGAGGCUGAUCAUGUGACAAAACUCGAACGAUUAUUGAUGGAUUCUUACGACGAAUCGGAAAUGGCCAAGCAUGUAUCCAUAAAUCACGACACAGACGGCUCCAUUUUUACGGCUUCUAACGAAGGUGGGAUCGUGCUUAUAGGAGGAACCGGUUCGGCAGCUCAGUUAUACUAUCCGCCCGAAGCCGGUUUAGUCGGUGAUUUAGACAAAUUUAGGAUAGGAGGGUGGGGCUACCUGCUAGGAGACGAAGGAUCGGCGUAUUGGGUGUCUCUCAAAGCCAUCAAAACUAUUUACAAUCAUAAUGAUAAACUAGUCACCUGCUUUUACUCCACCCAAAAAGUGGAAACGUUGAUGAACCAUUACUUUAAAAUACAACAUCCGGAUGACAUAUUAAAAUACUUUUACAAAAAUUUUGACAAAUCUUUCGUGGCCAAAUUUUGCUUGGAAAUUGUGAGAGGCGCCAAUAACCGUGACCCUUUGUGUCUCCAUUUGUUAAAAAACGCGGGUAAAGAAUUAGCCAAGCACGUUCUCGCUCUUUUGAGGAAAGCCGAUUUGCGCCGAUUCGGUAAACAGCCCGAAAUUAAGGUUAUUUGCGUUGGUUCCAUGUGGAACAAUUGGGAAUAUAUGAAGGAAGGAUUGAUCGAAACUUUGAACACCUUCACUCAUCCCACACCAAAAGAGAAUCCUGAUCUCGUGAAAGCAGACGAAAAUGGUCUAGAUUUUAAUCACUCGGAUAUUAAUGAUGCUAAUAAUGGUAAAUUGAAAAAUGGCAUCGAUUCUGAUCCCCUAUCACUUCCGGUGUUGUCAUUUUUUUGCCUCCGAGAAACGGCCGCCAUUGGAGCGGCUUAUUCGUCCGCAUUGUCCCGUCUUAACCGUAAAAUUCCCAUCGAUUAUGCCAAAACAACGCAAUUUUUAUACACGCACUAUUUCUGAAUUUCUUCCCUCUCCCUCACGAUAAACAGACUAUAUCAUAAAUUUUAAAUAUUGAAGAUGAUUGACGGAUCGAACGCCUUAUUUUGACAGUAUUCAUUUAUAUAUGGAAAGAAGUAUUUUUUUUUAUAAUAUAUUAUAUAAAUCCCACCGAUUUAUUGAAGGACGAUCCAAGAGCAGGCGAUAAUUUACAAACCUCUUUUUUUACAUGUAUCAUUGCGCCUAUUUUAUUUUGUGUAUUAUCUCGCUUUUAUUAUAAUAUAAGUAAACAUCCUACAUACGGGUAAUAUCAUUUUAUUCUCGUAUCUUGUUAUAAAAUAUUUAACUUCCUGUUUAUCCCAACACCUAUCAACUAAUAUUUAACCGUUUAUCCCGUGCUGCACAUUACAAUAAAUAUCGAUUUCCGGUCAACGUUUCAUCCGGGAAUAAUAUAUUUUUGAAUGACUUUUAAAAAUCAAUCUGACAUUUAUUUAUUUCUAAUUUUCGCGAUGAUUUUUUUUUUAAUUUUUAAAAUGGGUAACCUUAUUUGAUUUCUAGUCUAGUUGCUAAAUUAACAUUUUUUUCCCCACUCCCCCUUCCAUCUAAAACAUGGUGGCUUAAAAUAUUUGAAUGACUUAAAAUUCGCUCGUUUAUGGCUGAAAUAGGUAGAUAAAUCAUUCUAAUAUUUGAGCUACAACGUUUAUUUAUUUAUUUUUACCUUUAAAUUCUUUUUUAAGAUCUUUACGUGGCAAUGAUCUCUUCUCGCUUUCUAUUUUUAUCACGUGGUACUUUCUAAUAUUUUGCAAUAACUGUUUUGAUAUAAUAAAAUUUGAUGUUUUAUUAUACGAGUCAAAAAGAUUAAAAUUCUCUAUUUGGCAUUCAAUGUUUGCCGAACCUUAUUAUGAUAACUUUGCGAAACUUUUCUAAGAAUCCCCAAAUAUAUUGUGAGAGAAAAAAAGCAAUAACAAAGUACUUUAUUUUUGUAAAAGGUUGAUAGCCCAAUUACAACCCUAUUUAUAAAAUAUGGUAUAAUUAUUAUAAUUUAAUUUUACAUUAAUUUUUGUACUAUCUAUAAUUAUAACAUACAAGAUUCUAAUGUAAAAAUUUUUUUAUAAUAAUCUUACAGUGACAUGCCAAAUUUUAACUAAUUUUUUUUGAUUGUUUAAAAUUGUGAUUCUAAUUGUACUACACCAAAAAUAUUCAGACUUUACUAUUAACUAUAUUAAGUACAUGGUCAUAUCAGUCUUUUUAAACAUUGUCUUGUUAUAAUAUAUUAUAUUCUUACCGCUUUCGCAUAAUAUCAUUUAUUUAAUUUUAUUUUUUUAAAUAAUGUCCUCCAAAAAAAUAUGAAAUUUCGCGCAAAGUAUAAAAUUUAUAUAUUUAUUUUUAAAUCAUCGAUAGUGGUGUGUUUAUUUUAAAAAUGCAAAAAAUUUACGAAAUUAAA